GGUUCCAAGGCUUGUCUUGCUUUCUUGCAGCAAAGCUGAAGGGUUCUGAGAUUCGGCUAGCUGUUUAUUUCCUGGUUCCACUUGAAGAAAAUUUAUAAUGUCAUAUCCUCCCUAUGGUGGUGGACCUGGAUAUCCUGGAGGGGGUUAUCCUCCAGCACCAGGAUAUCCUCCAUCUGGAGGGUACCCUCCUGCUUCUGGUUACCCACCGGCUCCUGGUGGAUACCCCCCAGCACCUGGUGGAUAUCCUCCAGCACCUGGUUACCCACCUCCCGGUGGUUAUCCCCCUCCUACGGGGGGAGGGUAUCCACCACCACCAGGUCCACAACCUGGCUAUGGUGAUCCAUACAGUGUCCCACCUCCUCCUGGAGGAUAUGGUGCUCAGCCUUAUGGCCAACCUGGAUAUGGAGCACCACCCCCCUCUGGUGGAUACGGGGCACCACCCCCCUCUGGUGGAUAUGGGGCACCACCCCCCUCUGGUGGAUAUGGGGCACCACCUCCCUCCGGUGGAUAUGGAGGAGCACCACCAACUGGUGGAUAUGGGGCACAACCUCCGGCAGCUGGAUACGGAGCACACACUGGAUAUGGCUCACAGCAGCCUCCUCAACAGAGCUAUGCUUCUCAAGCUCCAGUGACGCAAAGUGCCCCCCCUCCUGUGACGCACAGUGCACCCCCACCUGUGACACAACCCUCUGCUCCUCAACAAAAGCCAGCAAAACCUCCUCCUCCUACAACUGGUGGAGGUGCUCCAACUACUCAGAUGGCUUCAAUGUCUUUGAAAGAGAAAUACGGUCAUGGUACCAUUGUUCCAAUCUCUCCAUUUGAUGCAGAGGCUGACUGUGAAUUGCUAAGAAAGGCUAUGAGAGGAGUAGGCACAGAUGAACAGACUCUUAUUGACAUCAUUGUCAAACGAAGCAAUGCACAGAGAGUUGAAAUCAGAAAGCGAUACAAAACAAUGUUUGGAAAGGAUUUGAUGAAUGAUCUCAAGUCAGAGUUAAGUGGUAACCUUGAAGAUUGUUUGUUGGCCUUGCUUGAGCCAUCUGUUCUGUAUGACGCAAAGUGUCUGAGACGUGCCAUGAGGGGUGCUGGAACUGAUGAAGAGGCUUUGAUUGACAUUCUCUGUACUCGGAGUAACCAGGACAUUAAUGAAAUCAAGAGGCUCUACAAAGAAUACUACCAGCGUGAUCUUGAGAAGGACUGUGUCAGUGAAACCAGUGGCCAUUAUAAGAGACUGUUAGUCUCCAUGUGUCAGGGCAAUCGAGACGAGACAACCAAUGUUGACAUGGUCAAGGCUGCAAAGGAGGCUCAAGACUUAUAUCAGGCUGGUGAGAAGAAAUGGGGUACAGAUGAAUCGCGAUUCAAUGUUGUGCUAGCUUCCAGGAACUUUGCACAGCUGAGAGCAACAUUUGAUGAAUAUAUUAAGGUUUCUCAACGUGACAUAUUGAACACUAUCGAUCGUGAAAUGUCGGGAGAUUUGAAGGCAGGUUUCAAGUGUAUUGUACAAUGCGCAAGAAAUCCAGCUGAAUACUUCGCUGAUCGACUGUGGAAAUCCAUGAAGGGCGCCGGUACUGAUGAUUCAACCUUGAUCCGAUGUGUUGUUUCUCGUUCCGAGCGUGACCUUGUUGAAAUCAAGCAAACUUUUCUACAGAAGUACCAUAAAACCCUGUACAAGAUGAUUCAAGGAGACUGCAGCGGAGAUUACAAGAAGCUUUUGUUGACUGUAGUUGGAAUGAAUUGAAGGCCGUUACUCAUGGAAGACAAUAGCCAGGACUUGCCUUAAUUGCAUCGUAAUUCUAGCCGUAAUCGUAAUUGUAUCGUAAUUCUACUUAGUUUCCUGUGGUUGUCAAUUUUUUAGCUAGCUAUAAACAGUUGCUCGGUUUUCUCGCCGCUUGUGUACUCAGACUCACUAAGAGCAAAUGUACCGGACAUCAUUGCAGUGUCCCUCGCAGCCCUUCUUUGAGUUAUCCUGGUGAUGACCCAAAUAACGGUGUGCAGCUGAUAAAGGCAACCUGUAGGGGGGCUUCUCACAUUCUCGCCUCAACCGUCAACCAUAGCAACUGUUUAUUUUUUUUUAAAUUUGAACAUUGCCAUACGCAAUUGAUGCAAGGUCUCAAUAUUAUUAAAUGGUCAAUUUAAUCUAGUUCCAUACUCGUAGAAAAUACUGGAAAAAUUCCUGUUGUUAAACACAAUUUAAAUUAACAUCCGUGGUAAAUUUGAAAAGCUGACAUAUUUAGUGUCUUCCCUUUGCCAAGUGGGCUGACGCAGGUCUAAUUUUCAAAACGUUAGCCUGUUUAAAUUUCUUAUGACUGUGAAUUGAACUACUUAUCUUAUUUUAGUAGUAUUUUGAUCCGUUAACUUAUGAAGCAUGGUUAUUAACGAAAGGAUACUGAACGGAAUAGCGGCAAAUCUAAAUUAUCAAAACAAGCUUAGUAGCACCCGGUACUACGAUGUGAUACAUGUAUUUCGCGAAGUACUGUGUACUGUUGGAAGUGCUGUUUUUUCUUCGUGUUAUAAAUGCGUUAUAAAAACGAAAACCUUUCCAACCUUUUGCACCAUGUGAUUUGCAUAUUGUUUUUCAGUCGAGUUUCUGUGCUUAAACAAUUCAACUGU